AUGUCCGUCCCCUGUUCACCACUCGAUUCAAGCAUUUCAACGAAGACUCGGGCAACCCAAAGUGAUUUCAACAUCGCCAUGGACUCAUCAUCGGGCAGCAGUUCGAGUCUCGAGGGUCCCGUUACGACGACGCUGGUUCCUCACGACCUCCCGGAAUUGUUGAAGGGCUUGUCCGAGGGCGAACUCGCUGCUCUCGAGAAGAAGCUGAUAAGGAGACUGGACACGAGGAUGCUGCCAACGAUGAUUCUGAUGUACAUCAUGAAUUACCUCGACAGGUGGGAGAAAAGUUUCCUUAACGUCAUUAAUGGUUUCGGCUUACACAGCUAUAGAAACGCGAUUGGAGCAGCUAGGCUGGGUGGGUUGGAAGAGGAUUUAGGGUUGACAGGGAGCCAGUUCCAGACCUGCGUCUCCAUCCUAUUCAUUGGAUACAUACUCAUGCAGGUCCCUUCCAACAUGCUGCUGAACAGGAUCGGUCGUCCUGCCUUGUAUCUGACAGGCUGCAUGGCUGUCUGGAUCCCUGGCCACUAUAUCCAUGUCCGCAUGGCAUAGUGCAACAUCAGGCACGGAUCUCCUACAUGAAAGAAGCUUUUGCUGACAGCCA